CAGAAGAACAGCUCUUUCUCUUGUUCUCUCUCUAGUCUCUGUGCUUCACCUUUUCCACCCCGUCAUGCCAGCCUCUCACAAACACACCUGCAAGUAGCCCACACCACAUGCCAAGGAACACUCUACCCAAAACUCUGCGUUUCAACCCUUGCCUCCUUGCCCGAUCUUAUCUCCAAAUCUGUCCCGCAAAUCAUCUCCUCUGUCGUCAAUCACACGGUAUCUGAGGUGAAAUCCUCGUCCCACAACUGCAAUGGCCUCCGGAACAACCUCAGGAAUCUCAACCCACUCGAACAGAGAGCCCUCGACGAUUGUCUCAAACUGUUUGAUGACACUGUCUACGAGCUCGACGCCACCAUGGCUGAUCUCUCUGGCGCCGUAAUCGGCUUCAAGCGUUACCGUGACUUGCAGACACUGCUGAGCGGGGCAAUGACUAACCUGUACACGUGUCUUGAUGGGUUUGCGUACAGCCGAGGGAAUGUGAGGGACAGGAUCCAGGACAAGUUGUUUGAGAUCUCGCGUCAAGUUAGUAACUCAUUGGCCAUGCUCAAGAACGUGCCCGGACUGAAGAAAGCUUCCGAGUCUGAGAUCUUCCCGGAGCACGGGAACGUGAAAAAUGGGUUCCCUUCGUGGUUGUACUCCAGAGAACGAAAGCUCCUGGAAGCCAAUGUGAAUGAAACGAGGUUCGAUCUCGUGGUGGCAAAAGAUGGCACGGGAAAUUUCACUUCAAUUGGGGAGGCUGUGAAUGCGGCUCCCAACUCCAGCACAAGCAGGAUUGUGAUACACAUAAAAGCCGGGGCGUACUUUGAGAAUGUGGAGGUGAUCAGGAAAAAGAGCAAUUUGAUGUUCGUUGGGGAUGGAAUUGGGAAGACGGUAGUGAAAGCCAAUAGGAAUGUCGUCGACGGAUGGACAACUUUUCAAUCAGCCACCGUAGCUGUGGCGGGAACGGGAUUCAUAGCAAAGGGGGUAACGUUCGAGAACUUUGCGGGAGCGAGCAAACACCAAGCCGUGGCUCUGCGAAACAGUGCAGACCUAUCGGCAUUCUACAGAUGCAGCUUUAUUGGGUAUCAAGACACCCUCUACGUCCAUUCCCUCCGACAGUUCUACCGCGACUGCGACAUUUACGGCACCGUCGACUUCAUCUUCGGCAACGCCGCCGCUCUGUUCCAAAACUGCAACUUGUACGCGCGCAAGCCUCUGCAGAACCAGAAGAACAUGUUCACCGCUCAGGGCAGAGACGACCCUAACCAGAGCACCGGCAUUUCCAUCCUGAACUGCAAGGUCGCCGCCGCUCAGGAUUUGAUCCCCGUCAAGUCCUCAUUCAAGACCUACUUGGGACGCCCCUGGAAGCCCUAUUCCAGGACGGUGUAUCUGGAAUCCUACAUGGAGGAUGUGAUUCAGCCUGAGGGGUGGUUGGAGUGGAACGGAACGUUGGGCUUGGACACGUUGUAUUAUGGGGAGUACAUGAACAGAGGUCCUGGUUCCAACACGAGCGCCAGAGUCAGAUGGCCUGGUUUUAGGGUCAUCAACUCCUCCGCCGAGGCUUCUCAGUUCACAGCCGCACGGUUUAUUCAGGGAUAUGACUGCCCAAUUGCUUUUAUAUGGUCAUGGAUCGUAGGCCCAGCUAGUUGCAGGCCUGAUUUGUUUUUAUCCAAUCCGAAGUCGAAAGAAAGAGUUUUUUUUCCAUUGUGAAAAAGGCAAGGUGGGCAGUAAAAAGUGGAAAAGUACGAUGAUGAGGCUGAUGGGGCAGGCUUCACAGCGGACGGGACGAAGCCCUUUCACAGUUCACACUGACACGAGUGCUGCCCUAUUUUAGAUGCUGACCAAUCACGGUAUGGAUGACCCGCAGGCACUGAUAAUAAACCUCUUUGAGAAAAAACAGCCAUGGCUUAAUCAUGCGGGGUUGAGUUCUAACGCUUAAUAUCUGCACUUCGAAUCAGUGCCUUGGAGGAAAAAUGUAAAAUUUUAGUUUUAAACUUAGAAUGAGAACAAAGAACAUUUUUGUUUGAUAUGCACAGGGUGAUACGUACAACCUUGUUUUAUGGCCUCUGGCGGUGAAGCUAGGGGAACUAUCAGCCAUCAUGGCAUUUCAGUUUUCUUCUAUCAAAUUAUGAGUGCUAUAUAUGUGUG